AUGCAUACUCGCAGUCCAAAGGAGAGUCCAGCAAGAGUCAUUCUCCUUGUUGGUCGUUCUGGCGCAGGAAAGUCCUCAAUUACAGAACACGCUACAAAGACAGUCGGCUAUUGUAAUGAUACCAAGACUUUGUCAACGAACGAUUGCGAGGUUCUACGAACGACUGUCGACGACAGCCAGUACUUCUUUAUUGAUACCCCCGGUUUUGACUGCGACGUGUCUGCCGCCAUAGCUUUUAGGCGGAUUACUACCCUUCUCGAUACGAUCCAUGGCCACGCCGUACUGAUAGGGCUGUGGUAUAUCGUCGACACUACGAGAUACCAUACAUCAUUGGAUACGUCAGCAGUUGGAUUGAUCAAAUACUGCUUUGAAACGCCACUCUUCCCUUUUACGACUAUCAUUGCUAGCCGCUGGGAUUCCGGCAUGUCUCUUGAACAGCUGGAACAUCGUUUCGAGCAGAGGCUGGACACUCUGAGAGAAUUCAUAGAUGGUGGAGCCUCUGUACUUAAGUACGCGGAAGUAUAUGGGGAUGGCACUGAGAAGCCCGAUAUAAACCGGUGGUUCGAACAGGGUAGACAAGAUUCAAUCCUGCAGCAGCUGCAAAUCAUCGCCCGACAGUGUCGAAACUCACCACACUUCGGGCUUCGACGGCGCAACACUGGUAAUUCAGCACCCUCGACCGAAUCAGCAUCCUCGACUGAAACACAAGGUCGUCUUCGAAUGUUUCUUUUCCAAAACCCGCUCUCUUCUCUGAAUUAUGGCCAAUCUGGCUCAUCUGCGCCUGGUCCGAAUUUUGUCCCAGCAAUCUUGCGGGAUGAUCCUUCUAACUUGAAUGACAUAACUUCUUUUCCUGGCAUUCCUUCGGAGAGGUUCAACUUUGCGUGCCAUCUUGGGAUAGUUGCUAUCCGAGAUGAAGUUUUUGUAGAUAACACAAUUUCUUUCAGAGACAAGCUUGCUACUGGAAAGAUAUACGAACACCCUGGUCUCGGCCUAGAGCAAUCCAUAGACGCAAUCGGAAGACGGGUAGACUCAAACUUUCUUAGGACCAUCACAGCAUUAGAGUUUGUGUCUUAUUCAAGCAUGAAUGGUGAGGAGCUUGAUGCUCUAUUACAGCAGCUAGUCAGCGUACACGGAUUUAUGCACAUUCGGCCGAUUUAUCAACCUAUAUUCUGGAACUGCCACGAUGUCGCCUGUCGAUUCGCUUACCUAGCUGCUACACCUGCAUCAGAUUUGAGCCGUCUCCGCCGAUUGUCCACAAUAUUCGAGCGUUCCAAAUUCCCGUUUCUGAGGCGAAUACAGUUCUCAUCUGUUGAUAUAUUCACAAUGUACCUAAUGACCGGAAUGGAAAGGGCGCUAUUCGACAUCUUAAGAAGUAGUAAGCCCUACAUAUCUCGCCUGGCCUCAGAGGGCAAGACUUGCGCCGAUAUGAUGGCACUGAGGUUUCCAACCCUGAGAGAUCUGAACGAAGUAGCCGAUACGGAAUGGGAUGAUUUUAUUUACUACAGUGAUACAAGCAUAUUGCGAUGGUUAACCGGUGGGGAACUGACACUUUAG